AUGCAGUUAACACCGUUCUGCCUGGUGCUGUCCUGUCUUCAGGUCAGCCCGGACAGGUCUCAGUACUUCAGGUACGACACCGUCUCUUUGAGCUGCGAGGAUCAGUUGAAUUCCACUGGCUGGAAGGUGAAGAGGAGAACGGAGGAGGGUGGGAUCAGACCCUGCUCCUCCAGCUGGGGCACCUCCUCCUCAGGUUCGACCUGCAUCAUCAGAAACAUUUACCCAUCAGACACCGGGGUGUACUGGUGUGAAUCUGAAGACGGCGAGAGAAGCAACGCCAUCAACAUCACUGUCUCUGAUCGCGCAGUGCUCCUGGAGAGUCCCGCCCUCCCUGUGUCAGACGGAGCUGCUUUCAGUCUGCUUUGUAGAGCCGAGUCGCAAUCCUCCAACCACACGUACGAUUUCCAUAAAGAUGGCCGCUCUGUCGGCAGCAGCUCCACAGGAAAGUUAACCAUUCCCGAUGCUUCCAAGUCUGAUGAAGGACUCUACACGUGCAGCAUCCCUGGAGUUGGGGAAUCCUUGGGCAGCUGGGUGGCUGUUAAAGGUUCUCUUCCGCCUUUAUCUUCAGCUCCAACGACAGGUUCCUGUUCAGUCUCUGUUCCCAGGCUGAUAUGUCACCUAUUGGUGGGAACACCUUACCUGGUGUCCACCAUCUUACUGGGACUCAUUUACAGAGACAGGAACAGAGCAGCUCGGAUGGCCCUGGAGAGAAGAGGCAGCAAUGAUGUCAUCAUGGAAAUAGUUGUAUAGUCCUACAUACUGGUAAAAGUGGCAAAGAAAUUCAGCUUCAGUUGCACCUGGAGAUCUAUUUUUACCACUGUCCACCAGUCCAAUACCAGCAAAGACUAUAGUGACGAUUGGAGGAGUUUACAAAGCUCUGUGACGUCUAUGAAUCCUGAUAAACAUAAAUAAUAUUUCUAUGUUAGUUAUCUUUCAAACCCAAACCAGACAAAUUUAAAGCUGAAAACUGCCUUGUAACAUUUACGUUUACAUUUAUCUGGAUGAUCUUGUUUUGAGACAAACAAUCACAUACAAAUUUCGAUGUAAAUAAAGAACAUUAAGGAAACUUUUUCAAGUUUUUUUCUACAUACAGCUCAGUGAUUAGCUGUUGGACUGAUGGAUGUGUUCGGGACACCACAUCUGUAAUAGACUCCAUCUCUCCUUCACUUUCUUCCUUUUGUCUCUUACU